AUGCAUAAUUUUAAUAGUUACCUCAUAUAUUUGGUUGCUUUCUCAUUGCCAUUGUUUCUUCUGCAAGCAUCACUGACCACCGGAACCUUAGCUACAACAACGGAAGUCAAACACAAUACAGGGCUCACUAGGAUUGGUGCCAUUCUUGAUCAAACAUCUAGGCCUGGUAAAGAGGCCAAAGUGGCUAUUGAGAUAGCAAUUCAAGAUUUCUACAACAAAACUAGUCAGCGUUCGGUUUUAUAUCUUCAAAACUCUCGAAGCAAGCCUAUCCACGCAGCUAUUGCAGCAAAAGAACUUCUUGAUAAACAGAAUGUGGAAGCCAUUUUAGGAGCUCAUACAUGGCAAGAAGCGUCUGCAAUAGCCGAGGUUAUCAGUGAAGCUGAUCCUGACAUCCCCCUUUUUCUUUCAUUAGCUAAGACAAUUCCACUGCAAGCAACAAAUCAAUGGCCAUUUUUCAUUCAAGGCGUUCCAACAGAAUCACUGCAGAUGAAUGCAGUGGCUGCAAUUCUUCAGUCAUGGGGUAUACGACAAGUUACCCUCAUAUACGAAACCUCAAUGGCAUCAAUCAUCUCUCAUCUUUCUCAGGCCUUACAAGAAGCGCAUGCCGAGCUAACUAAUAUCUUACCACUUGCAUCUGGUUCAUCUUUUUUAGAUGAAAAACUGAAGGUACUGAAGAAACAACAACGUAAAGUCUUCAUCAUUCACACAUCUUUGGAACUUGGAGUUUGCCUAUUUCAGGCUGCCAAGAAGAUGGAAAUGACUGGAAACGGGUUUGUGUGGAUCACAACAAAUGAAAUCACAGAUCAUUUUCAUUCCAUUAGUUCCGGCAAUAUUUCAUCACUAAAAGGUAUGGUUGGGGUCAAAACAUACUUCCAAGAAACCAAAUGGGAUUUCAGAAAAAGAUUCCGUGAUCAAUUUCGUUCUGAUUACCCAAAAGAAAAGCAGGAAGAGCCCGGUAUUUUUGCUGUCCAAGCAUAUGAUGCUGUGAAGUUGCUAAAACAAAAACUGGAUAACUUAGAUACCGUGAGACCAGUUUUGGCGAAUAUAGUGGAGAUUGUUUGUAUGAUAGGAAAGGGAUAUCACAGUGUGUACUGGACUGAAGGAUUGGGGUUUUCAGAGACAGUGGCAGAUGAAAUAAAUGGAGCUCCCACUUACAACCAUUUUAUACAUAAUGUUGGACCAGCUAUGUGGCCAGUUCAACCAUGGUAUGCUCAUAGACGUCGCAGGAAUCUAGCUGAAACUUCAGAGGUUCGGAUGAGGGUUGGUGUUCCCGGUCGAUCAUUGUUUAAGCAAUUUGUGAAUGUAAAGUAUGAUACCGAGAAGAAUCAAACUAUGUUUAAUGGGUUCGUAAUUGCUGUUUUUGAUGAAAUGAUGAGAGGAAUGAAACUGCCAUAUGAUUAUAUUCCAUUCUAUGGUUCUUAUGAUGAACUUAUUAAACAAAUACCUGCAGAGAAGUUUGAUGCGGUAGCCGGGGAUGUAACGAUUAUGGAAAGCAAACAUGACUAUGCCGAUUUUACUCAACCUUACACAGAGUCAGGUUUGGAGAUGAUUGUACCUGUACGCUCCCGAUUAUCAAACCACCCAUGGUUGUUCAUGAAGCCUUUUACUGCACAAAUGUGGUGGUUAAUAGCAGCAAUAACUCUUUAUAAUGGCUUUGUCAUUUGGCUGAUUGAAAGGACUUACUGUGAUUAUCUUCAAGGCUCAGUCAUAAACCAAAUUGGCAUCGUUAUUUGGCUUGCCUUUACGACACUCUUUACAUUGAGAGGGGACAAGCUGCAUAGCAAUUUGUCAAGAAUGGCAGUGGUGAUGUGGCUCUUUGUGGCACUGAUCAUCACACAGAGCUAUACGGCUAGCUUAGCGAGCAUGCUCACAGCUCAAAGGCUUGAACCAACUAUAACCAGCGUUGAGGUGCUAAGAAACAUGAAUGCAACUGUGGGCUAUUGCAAUGGUUCAUUAGUCAAUCACUACUUGAAGGAUGUUCUCGGUUUCAAGAGCUUCAAAGUCAAGAGCUAUAACUCAACUCAGAGAUACGCUGAGGGCCUAAACAGUGGUGAAAUCGCUGCCAUGUUUCUAGAAGUUCCGGCAGCCAAAGUUUUUCUAGCUCAAUACUGCAAAAGCUUUAUCAGAACUGGAGAAACAUUCAAAGUUGGAGGUUUUGGAUUCGCAUUUCCUAAGAGAUUUACAUGGCUUUCUGAGGCAAACAAAGCGCUAAUGAAUGUAUCAGAAAGCGGGAGGCUCAAAACACUCGAGGACGCUUAUCUUAUAUCUGAGAAAUGUGAGGAUGAAGAAUCGUUUCCUAAUGAAGACGAGAGUCUUAGCCCUCGAAGCUUUAAAGUACUAUUAGCGUUGACAGGAGGGUCAUCAACGGUUGCUGUUGUCACUUAUAUCAUCAUGAGCAUCAAAGAAUUCAAAGCAUCUAAUCCACAACUCACAGGUUUCACACUAAUAUCAGAAUUCAUAAUAGACCAAAUGAGAAAAUCAUCUGGUGUAACUGUCAAUGCAGAAAGCAACACAGACCGUUCCGAUGUGACCAGUCAAUGGUCACCAGUUCAUGUGAAUCAUCUGUAAAUAUUAA